UGCCAUUGAGUUGAGACUUGAAACUUGUUCGAAGAAGGUAGCAAUUGCAGAUGGCAGGCGAGGAUGAGCAAAGAGGAUCUGCACCUGCAGUAGCAGAAGAGUUCGUUUACAGAAUCAGUCCAUCCAAGGAGUGGGAACACUCACAGAGCGUCGGUUAUCUCCAUGGAGGAGAUUUCGAUACCUCUUCUGGUUUCAUUCAUCUCAGUAACCUCAAUCAGGUUCAGUCAACUUUGCAGAAUUUCUUCCUGAAUAGCAAGGAGGAAUUAUAUCUACUUCAAAUUGAGGCCAAAAAGCUUGGUGAUGGAUUAGUAUACGAACUUGUGGAUGGUUCCAAUAGCUUCCCUCACUUCUAUGGUCCGUCUCGAAGCUUCAGCCCUAUCCCUAUUGAUGCAGUAACCAAAGCUGAGAAACUAACCUUUUCUGAUGGUCGAUUUGCUUGUAGUUUUCUUGAAUAGGAAUAGCUAUAGGUGGCCAUUCCGUCUUUGUAUUGUAUCAAAAAGCCAAUUCCUGCUCAAGGUUACAGUCUGCAUAAGCCAAGCGCCUACUAUACUUCAGCGUGUUUCUUUUCCUAAUUUGUGAAGUACAUUGGAAACCCUUGCUGUAAUUGUUGGCUAAAUUCAUGUUAAGCUUUUGGGUAUUGGUCUGUUGUAA